CUGGCGCUGGGCAAGGACAUAAGGAGAGUGACAUUUGUCUAACGUUGACAACACAUUCAUAUUCUCUCUAAAUCACACAGAAAUUUGCGCGAAUCAGAUUUGGAUACACUCUCGCGUCUCUGUACGGUGAGCUGACGCUCUACAGCGUUUCAUCAGAUUCACGGAGGAGGACAGCCCAGGUUAGAAUUCGAAGGACAUCGGUUUCUCUGUGAAUGAGAGAGUAACGAGAGGCAGCGGUGGAUGGGAGAGUCCAUGUUUCGCCCUCUUUGAGUAGCUUGAUGAUGUCAUCUUACUGAGACUCCAUCGAGGUCACCUCAGCACCCUGACUUGAAUGGCUGUGUGCAGAGGGGGCGUCUCUCUUUGGGUGGGGUGUGUCAGGAACAAUGGCGGCAGGCAACCAAUGACGAAACAGUGCUGGAAUUUAUGUCAGACAACCGAGUUUCACUUGAAUGACAACUGUAGGACCCUGAGCAGUGCAUCAUGGGCACUGGCUCCCCCAAACAGUCUACGUUACCUGUCUAUUAAACAGCCAUCCCUGUCCCAUCCCUUCCACCAUGCAUGCCAGCCGAACCGAGCAGCCAGCCUAGAGGAGGAGGAAUGGGAGGAGGCCGUCAGCUUGCCGGUCCUGCUCAAACCCGGAGAGACCGACGAGCAGCACACCGUGGUGGAAGUGCCCUUUCUUGGGCCGGCCAAACUAAGCGAGCUCCUUGCUUUGGGAGCCAACAGACCCUUUGACUUGCUUUUUCCUUUAACCACUGUUGAUGGAAGCAGAGAGGAUGAUAUUAGCAUUACCAGAAAGGUAGGGACUGAGGAAAACCAGCUGACGGAGAGAGGCUCCUUCAGGAGUCUGUUUGAGGCAGAGGGAUGCCCUGCGCCAUUUAUGUUAGGAUCUCGGUUCUUUUGCUUUCACUGCCCGGGGGUAGAGUCUGUUUCGGAGAUUGAGGACAAAGCAGGAAAGAGACAGGAUGAGCAGAGCUUCUAUCCGGCCCUCAACGUCACACAUUACAGCCAUGCUGAGACUAAGAAAGUGGAUAAGAGCUCCAGCCAGAGAGACAUGGAGAAUGAGGAGAAAUUGGCCCUGAUGCAUGAAAAACUGAGGGUGGAGCUUCCCAGUUUCUUUGUGAAAAAUCAUGACUACAGCAUAUACUCUGAUGAUGUUGAGUUCAUCAAUGGUCUUCUGAACACCAAAACAAGGGGCCGUGUAGCGUACCAGCUGACUCUGACGCUUUGGCGACUGAUGUGUCUGUGUUACUAUGCGGAGGCUCAGCUGGAAGUGCUGAAGCUGACCAAGCAUCCAGAAGACGGUUCCAUCAAAGCUCGCUGGAGAGUCAAAGGCCUGCCCUUCCACUCCAUUCUUGUGUUCUUCUACAAGAAAGACAAGAGUCACCUCUACAGAACGUAUGAUGCAUUCUCCACCUUUUAUGUUGGCUCUGAUGGACGAAUACAUCGGCAUAAAGUUGAAAAGGUUAUGGAGGCUCGUCCUCCCUUGCUGCCCAAAGUGACCUCGAUGCUGGCCGGGGCUUUGGUGGCACUGGGCAUUCAGGAGCACCGGCCCGCCCUCAACCUGCUCCCACUCCUGCUGUCUUCCCUCCGACAGACCCGAGCCUGAGCGGCAGAGCAGGACGCGUGGAUGCGUUUGGUCACACCACUAAAAAGACUGAAAAAGACGCAGCGCUGUAUUGUGUGGGUUGAGCGAAUGAGAUAUCGGUAACCGGUUUUUGGGAGGAAAAUCCACAGGAACAAGAACGAACAAGUUCAAAGUGUUCUCACUUGAAACAAUCUUCUUUAUGCACUCUUUAAUUUCCAAUGUUCGAAUAUCACCAAACUGCUACGCUCUGGUUUGGUAUCAAAGAGGUUUCAAAGCCUAGCUAAUACAUGAGGCCAUCACUAACUAGGAGGUUAACAAACGCACAACUCUUAACAAACAGGUUUUGAUGACCCAGUACAUUACUGUAUGGGUAAAUUCAAUGCCAUCUGUACAUUCAUACAUUCAGGCAGCUCGGCUGUAAAACUAUGAUUAAAGGUGGUGAUGGUUCAGCUCACAUUCACAGUAAUAAAUCAGCAGAGGAAUUGGUCAUGAUAUUAAAGUCUUGAUCAGCUUACAUUGUAAUCAUUAAUUAUAUAUUUUUUGUAUUUAUGUAUUAAUUAGAGUUUUCAUCAGUUGUACUGAGUUAAAUGUUUUAGAGGAACCUCUUUUUGAUGACCUUUAAGGGAAAGUGAUGCCAGGGACUGCCUUUGAGCAUAGAGAGUUUAGUUUCCAGUCUGGAUUGUUCUUGUUUGCCCUUCCAUAUUUGAACUGUUUUUAAUGUUUAAGUUAUCAGCUCUGCAUAAUUGCCAAAUCUGCACUGGUCUUGCCAAUGCCGUCCAUGUAAAUUAAGUCCACACUUAUUUGAAAGACUCACGAUUUAAAAUUUUCCCAUUGAAAUCUGUUCAGGAGUCUGGUGGCUUCUUGCUUAUUUUUCUCCAGGUUAAUUGGUCAGUUAGCAUAGUAUAAAUUACUUUCAGUGCAUUUGGUGUGAUAGCACAUGCUGUCCAUCCACAGUCAGUUUCAAUUGCUUUAGCUUCCUGUGGUAAAGAUAUAGACCAAACACUUUAAUGGACUUCCUGUGUCACAAAGUAGUCAGAACACAUCCGUGCUUGCGCUUUUAAAUGGACAAUAAAAGCAUGAAACGCUGUCACUCCACAAUCUGUGCAAUUCCAAGCUGAAAGGUCAGAACCUGUUAAAGCAGUUCCAUAUAAAACACAGCUGAGUUAAUGUUCUGGUGAUUAUUUCUGCGCUAAUUACCCAAAAACCUGUGUGAAUAUGUUGUGUGACAAAUAAAUGCAUACUGACGUCGA